UGCUACACCAAAAGAGAAUCAUCAUAGUGAGUUUUAUUUAUUUUAGUUGCUUUGCUAUAGAUUUUGCUAAAGAAUAUAUCAAACAUAUUUACUUAUCCAAUGGCAAAUGUUGGUCAGCAACCAAAAUGGGAAGGUAAGUCAUGUGCAAAGCUAGCAGGAUGCAAAGCAGAACAAGUAUGGCUCCUCUUACAAGAUUUUUUCGGCUUGGACAAGUGGUUCCCGAGUCUGACUACUUGUCUCCCCGUCGAAGGUGUCUCGGGACAACCUGGGUGCGUUCGUUUCUGUGCUGGUUUUAAAACUCCGGUCAGUGGUAGUGAUAAAGGAAGUAUGAAUUGGACUAAGCAAAAGCUACUGUCCAUUGAUCCAAUUAAGAUGGUUUUUAGCUAUUCUAUUGUGGAUGGCAAUGUUGGUUUCAAUGCUUAUGUAUCAACAGUGAGAGUGUUGUCCAAUGAGCAUGGGUGUGACAUUGAAUGGAGGUAUGAAGUUGAGCCAGUGAAAGGUUGGACACUCGGGGAUUUGGAUUUCUUCAUCGCUUCUGGUUUACAAGUUAUGGCUCAAAGAAUGGAAGCAGCUCUCCAAGUUUUUCAAGCUACAAUGGAUCAAUAAGGUAUUGUCCCUUUCAAAAAAAUGUAGCUCACAUGAAAUGUGAAAAGAAAUAAGUCAAAAUCAUUAAAAAUGGGAAUAAAAAUAAUAUAUUAUCACUAAAAUAUAAAUAAAAUUAUCUUAUACUCAAGAAUGUAAAAUCUUGGGCGAAUGACAAAGGCCUCACUAAAAAUGGGGAGUAUGUAGUAUCAAGAUUAUGGUUAUAUUACGUCAUAUUGUUGAUUCAAGGGAACGUUAUUGAACCAAACAUGAUAAUCUAUGACGAAAUUUUUAUGUUCUUGCAA